UAGAGUGACAUUGAUUUGUUUACAUCAGAUGAUCAGUCUGAGAGAUUUUCCUCUCUAACUAGUGCCCCAAUUAUAAGCAAUGAUAUGUCCUUAUGUAGUUUUUUUUCUCAGUAAAAACAUGAACGUUCAUAAUUAACAAUAUUAUCCCUAUUCGGAAUUUAGUGACCCUUCGGCAAAACCCAGAGCAUCAGUAAAUACUUCCGGGUGCAGGGAAACUUGUGAAAAUGGCAACAGAAGCCCUCCGGAUUGAUAAUCAAGACACUGUGGAUGCGCUGAGCGCCGAGGCUGCGAAUCUCAAGAAAAAGUUAGAGGAAGAAAAGGCAAAGCUAGCAGAUAUGGACAUGGGUGAGGUCACUAAGAAGAUUGACAGCAUUACACAAUUUAAUAUGAAAGCCAGAAAAGUAUUAAAGGGGCAUCAUGGAAAAGUGUUAUGUAUGGACUGGUCCAAAGACAAGCGGCAUAUUGUCAGUUCUUCACAGGAUGGAAAGAUGUUAGUUUGGGAUGCAUUCACCACUAAUAAGGAACAUGCUGUCACAAUGCCCACCACAUGGGUGAUGGCCUGUUCAUAUGGCCCAACUGGAGAAGUGGUUGCUUGUGGAGGAUUAGACAAUAAAUGCACAAUUUACCCUCUGAGUAUGGAUGAUGAUCCAGCAACCAAAAAGAGAGCUGUAGCAACCCACACCAGUUACCUGUCCUGUUGUACAUUUACCACCUCAGAUAAGCAGAUUUUAACAGGAAGUGGAGACAGCACCUGUGCAUUAUGGGAUGUUGAGAGUGGUCAGCUGAUACAGAGUUUCCAUGGACAUGCUGGUGAUGUCAUGAGCAUCGAUCUGUCACCAUCAGAGACUGGGAACAUGUUUGUGUCUGGGGGUUGUGAUAAAGUGGCCAAUGUGUGGGACAUGCGGACUGGGGAGUGCGUACAGAUGUUUGAGGGUCAUGACUCGGAUAUCAACAGCGUCAGGUUUUAUCCUAGUGGAGAUGCCUUCGCCACAGGAUCUGAUGACGCCACAUGCAGGUUGUUUGACCUUCGAGCUGACCGGGAGGUGAACUGUUAUAAGAAGGAGAGCCUGAUCUUUGGUUGUAAUUCUGUGGAUUUCUCAAUCAGCGGACGGCUUCUGUUUGGAGGAUACAAUGACUACACGGUCAACAUCUGGGAUGUUCUCAAAGGUCACCGAGUCUCCAUAUUGUACGCCCACGAGAACCGGGUCAGCUGUCUGGGGGUGUCUCCUGAUGGAACAGCACUCUGUACAGGAAGCUGGGAUUACACACUCAAGAUAUGGGCAUAAUAAUUACCAGUAUAUCUUAAGCACAUGUGAAAUCCAGAAUUAUGUGAAGUAGCAGUGCUUUCCAUGUCUCAAGAAUGGACCACAAUUUUUAUAGAAGCAACAUUUUUUAUUACUGUUAUAUCUUUGGACAGAUUUUUUGUCCUAUGAUUUUUUUGAUAAGUUGCAUUCAGUGUGUAGUUGUUCAGGAAAAGUUUUACUUUUGUGCAGUCUGAGGAUGUAUGUGUGUAAAAAGUGUAAGAGGUGGGUGUAUGAUAUAUAGUGUAGAAGUAGCAGGGAGUGAACUAUAAGGGUUAUCCCUAUAAAACUGAGCAUUGACAGGGAAGGAAUGUUAUUAAUUCUUACCUGUGUUUCAUGUACAGGUACAAUGAAAUAAGGAUCAAAUCUUUGGUCGUUAUUCUGUAAAUUUAGAUUUUUAUCAACAAAUGACAAACUUAAAAUCUUAUAUUUCCCAAGCAACUCAGUAUUUAAUGCCAUUGGAAAAAUUAUUUUUGAUUAUGUUAUGUACAUGUAUGUUACUCAAACAUAACAAUGAGUCAAAACUUUUUUCCCAUUUAUCUGAACAUGUAUGAAAGCUACUUGUCCACCAUACAAUACAUCCAUGUAUGAGAAUUAAGGCCAGACAACACGUUCCUCAAUAAUAUAAUUAUAAUUUUUCCUGAGAAUUUGUCAUUGAAGUUAAGGUAAUGAAACAAGAUUCCUCACAAAAAAAUUAGGGUACCUUACCAGGCAUUUGGACAGGAUACCACAGGGUGAUAUUUCUUAUAUUACCCUUAAGGGUAAUCUGAUGAAUGGUCUAUAUCAUGAUUUUUUGUGAACUUCUAUUUAAAAACAUAUUAAAAAUAAUGUAGAAAAUACAAGAGAAUGACAAUUUUGCAUAAUUUUUUUAAAAUUUAAAACCAAGAAUUACAAAAUAUUUAUUUGAGGAAUGUGUCGUAUGACGUUAAGGCAAGGGAAUAACACAGGUCAUCUGUGUUCAGCUUUGUUGUCUUUAAAAUAACUGUGCAUGUUUUUUCAUAUUUAUUGCAAUUUCUUUUUUUUCUGAAACAUCAAAAAAUUACUUUCAACACAAACGCAAGUGUGAAACCCAGUUCACCCCCAUCCCAGUCACGGGAAAGAGGAGGGCGUAGAAGCUUGUUGUACACAUUUGUUGUGGUUUUACAUGUACCCACUGUUUUUUUUUUAUUUCUGUUGUUUUAAAUUGUUAUUGAGUCAUUCUUUUCUUUUCGAAAUAGCCUGCUAUAUUUUAGUGCAAAGCACAGAAUGAAGAGUUCAGUUUGUUUGGUUUACUCUUUUCAAAUGUGAUCUUGAACAAAAGUAGUAGAAAAAUCAAUAGGUAUUCUGACUAAUAAACAACAUAAGAAGCUGUGCAGAUAUGAGGGUUCUCUUUGUGGAGAAAAAAAACAAAA